UAUGGGACCCGAGGACCAGCCGAAACUGGUUCAAAUGAUCCGUUUCCUCUUGCGGUUCGAUUUUCUCAUUAUCAAGAUCGUGUACCUUCGUUCUUUAAGGAGAGAAGAUGUCCCUUUGUUGUUUCUGGAAGUUGUCACAAUCAAAGAAAAGAACAACGAUGUCUCCAUCUGCUGUUCUAAGUAACAUUGAACCUGAGAAUGCUCCACCGGUCAUCUUAAAAGGCAUUCAGGAUGACAAGAGUGCAUUAGUUGUUGUUGAUGACAUCGACGGCGCGAAGACUCCAUUAGAAGUUACAAAUGGCGUAGAUAUCGCGACUAGUCAAUCUGUUACACCAAAUGGCAUUAACGGCGCCAAUGGGCAUGCAGAGUUCUCGUACCCAGAAUCAGAAACUCAGGGCCCAUACCAGGUUGUGCGCCAGUAUCACUCAAAGCCUUCAAAAUUACGCGUCGCUGGUAUUGGAGCUGGCGCAUCGGGAAUAUGCCUGGCAUACAAGAUGGAGCAGAUGCUCGAAGCUGGCUCAUGGGAGUUGACGCUUUUUGAGAAGAACCCACACUACGGAGGAACCUGGUACGAGAACACAUACCCCGGAGUUGCUUGCGAUAUUCCAUCCCACCUUUACACGUUCUCUUGGGACCCAAAUCCAGAUUGGAACCACUACUAUGCGUAUGGUCACGACAUCCAGGCAUACUUCGAAGGCUUCGUCAAACGACACGGGACGGAGAAAUAUAUGCAGUUGAAUACAAAGCUAGUUGAAUCGGCAUGGGAUGACGAAGAAGGAAUAUGGAAUAUCACCCUUACAAACACCGUGACCGGCGAGAUCACGAAGGAUUGGGCGCACGUUGUUAUCAACGGGACCGGAAUCUUGAAUAACUGGAAGUGGCCAGAAAUCGAAGGUCUUCAUGACUUCACGGGUCCAAUAUUGCACUCGGCUAACUGGGAUCAUUCCGUGGAUUUGGCGGGUAAGACUAUCGGUGUUAUCGGCACUGGCUCGUCAUCUGUCCAAAUCGUCCCACAAUUACAAAAGAGAGCAAAGGAGGUUCAGGUGUUUAUGAGGAGUCCAACGUGGAUCAGUCCUCCAUUCGGCGGUGGUGUCUUGGAGUCGGAACUGAAGAAGGGUGCAGAGUCGUCGCCUGCUGAGAGACAGUACACAUUUACUGAGGAGGACAAGCGGAAAUUUAAGGAAGAUCCGAACCAUCUGCUCCUCUUUAGGAAGAAGAUUGAGGCCGAAAUUAACUCAUUGUUCGGCAUGUACCAACAAGGAUCCGAAGUCUCACAGAACUUCAGAGAGGUCAUCACAGCCGAGAUGAACAGACGACUAGGUGAGGGGCAUGAAGAGCUGAAGGAGUUCAUCAUUCCUAAAUGGUCCCCGGGAUGCCGAAGAAUCUCGCCUGGUGAUGGAUAUCUCGAGGCUUUGGUUCAGGACAAUGUUACGCCAGUGCUAAAAAAUAUCACGAAGGUCAACAAAGACGGGAUUGUGACGGUAGAUGGAAAACAGCACUAUAUGGACGUAUUGGUCUGUGCAACGGGCUUCCAGGUUGCCUUCAAGCCUGCCUUCAAGAUAAUCAAUGGCCGAGGAAUAAGCCUUGAUAAGGACUGGGGCAGUGGAGUAAAUCUUUACAUGGGCCUGUCCGCUCCUCGUUUCCCCAACAUGUAUACCAUUGUGGGACCAGGCGCAACGUGGAGUAGUGGUACCUUAUUGCCUUCCAUCGAGACCUCUGUGGAGUAUGCCGUUAAGAUGAUGCGAAAGAUCCAGACGGAUAAAAUCAAGUCCAUAGCCGUCAAGCAGGAUGCCCUCGACGAUAUCUAUAGCCACUUCGACGAGUUCCAUAAGACCACCGUGUGGCAAGAAGAAUGCCGAAGUUGGUUCAAGGACGGCAAGAGCAAAAACCGAAUCUACCUAUGGCCUGGCUCGACCAUCCACUUCCUCAAGACCAUCAAGGAUCCGCGUUUCGAGGAUUACGAUAUCAAGUAUCGCCAUAAAAACCGAUUCGCAUUCCUGGGCAACGGAGAAGUCAAGGCGCACACGCAGCAAAGCGUAGAGGGAUUGGCUCCAUACAUUCGUUCCAGCGACCACGAUUGGUGUGUCGGGUAG